GUGUUACUGGGUAGAACAAAACAAAAACAAACAGAGCAAGAGGGGCCAGUGGCGCUCCGAGGUGGCUGCGGCGGAGGCUGAGGAGCGGAGUCCGGUGGGUUGGAGACCCGGGCGAGCGGCGGCGGCGGCGAGGCGGGGGCGGCCGGAGGAGAUUUUAAAGGAGGAUUUCCAUUUCAUAAUUUGUGUAUAAUCAGUGCAAGUGAAAUUAAGGAAAAAUGGAUGUAGAAAAUGAGCAGAUCCUGAAUAUAAACCCUGCUGAUCCUGAUAAUUUAAGCGACUCUCUCUUUUCUGGUGAUGAAGAAAAUGCUGGCACUGAGGAAAUAAAGAAUGAAAUAAAUGGAAAUUGGAUUUCUGCAUCUUCUAUUAAUGAAGCUAGAAUUAAUGCUAAGGCAAAACGACGGCUACGGAAAAACUCAUCGCGGGACUCUGGCAGAGGCGAUUCAGUCAGUGAUAACGGAAGUGAAGCAGUCAGAAGCGGAGUAACUGUGCCCACCAGUCCAAAAGGAAGGUUGCUAGAUAGGCGUUCCAGAUCUGGGAAAGGAAGGGGGCUGCCAAAGAAAGGUGGUGCAGGAGGCAAGGGUGUCUGGGGCACACCUGGUCAGGUGUAUGAUGUGGAGGAGGUGGAUGUGAGAGACCCGAACUACGAUGAUGACCAGGAGAACUGUGUUUAUGAAACUGUGGUUUUGCCUCUGGAUGAGACUGCGUUUGAGAAGACGUUGACACCGAUCAUACAGGAAUAUUUUGAGCAUGGAGACACAAAUGAAGUCGCGGAAAUGUUAAGAGAUUUAAACCUUGGUGAAAUGAAAAGUGGAGUGCCCGUGUUGGCAGUGUCCUUAGCAUUGGAGGGGAAGGCCAGCCAUCGAGAAAUGACAUCGAAGCUACUUUCUGACCUUUGUGGUACAGUGAUGAGCACAAAUGAUGUGGAGAAGUCGUUUGAUAAGUUGUUGAAGGACUUGCCUGAAUUAGCAUUGGACACUCCUAGAGCACCACAGUUGGUGGGCCAGUUCAUUGCCAGAGCUGUUGGAGAUGGAAUUUUAUGUAAUACCUAUAUUGAUAGUUACAAAGGAACUGUAGAUUGUGUACAGGCUAGAGCUGCUUUGGAUAAAGCUACUGUGCUUCUGAGUAUGUCUAAAGGUGGAAAGCGCAAAGACAGCGUGUGGGGAUCUGGAGGCGGGCAGCAGUCUGUCAAUCACCUUGUUAAAGAGAUUGAUAUGCUACUUAAAGAGUACUUACUCUCUGGAGACAUCUCUGAAGCUGAACACUGCCUUAAGGAACUGGAAGUACCUCAUUUUCACCACGAGCUUGUGUAUGAAGCCAUUGUAAUGGUUUUAGAGUCAACUAGAGAAAGUGCAUUCAAGAUGAUCUUAGAUUUAUUACAAUCCUUGUGGAAGUCUUCUACCAUUACCAUAGACCAAAUGAAAAGAGGUUAUGAGAGAAUUUACAAUGAAAUUCCAGAUAUCAAUCUGGAUGUUCCACACUCAUACUCUGUGCUGGAGAGAUUUGUGGAGGAAUGUUUUCAGGCUGGAAUCAUUUCCAAACAAGUCCGAGAUCUUUGUCCAUCAAGGGGAAGAAAGCGUUUUGUAAGUGAAGGAGAUGGAGGUCGUCUUAAACCAGAGAGCUACUGAAGGCAGAGCUCUUGCAGUCUUAGCUGGGAUAGCGGCAGAUCUGAACUGUAAGAGUUGUUAGUGCAGGUUUUUUUUUUGGGGGGGGGGCGGGGUACAAGGCAUUUCUGAAAUUUUAUAAACUUACAUUUAAUGGGGAUUUUUGAAGGGAGUAUUUUUUCUUUUUUUUUUUCUUUGAGGGGAAACUAAAGGAGGGACAGAAGAGUAACCACUUAAAUGUGGAAUAUUCUGAUAAGCUACUUUUUCUAAGUGCCAUGUUUAUGACCUAAUCAUUCCAGGUUUUGCAUUGAUGUCUGACUGCCACUCCUUUCUUUCAAGGACAGUGUUUUUUUUUUUUGUAGUAAAAUCACUGGUUUAUACAAAGCUUUAGUUAGGGGACAAGUGAAGCUACUAAGCCCCAUGUUGGCUGCUGCUGUGGAAAUGCUGUGCUUCGGGAAUAAACACACACAUACAUACUUAUCCUACACACAUCUCUAACACACACACACACACACACACACACUUUUGUCUUAAAAAGAAUUUUUAAAAGACGAGUUAGUCAUGAGACUUUUUCAUCUUUCCAGGGAACAUAUUGAUUGGUCUUAAAUACUAGACAGUUAAGUAAAUGGUGGCUGGAACAUCUAUUUUUCUACAAAACUGGAAAAAUGAACCCGGUUCUACAAGAAUGUACAACAAUAAAACGUGAAGCAGUGUUGAUUCUUUA